GUAUGCUACAAUAAUAAUAAACAAAUAAAAGAAUAAAAGGACAUUCUCCAUAAAGAUCACCAGGUAAAUUCUGUUCAAAUUUAUUGAAUAUUAGUAAUAAAUUUGCAGGGACAGGUGGAAGUAAUAAUAUAUAAGUUAUAUAACAUUUUUAAUAGUGUGUUCAUCAUUAGCUCCUAAGAAAAGUUAAGCUCCAUAAAAAGUACCAAAAUCAGGAAUCUUUUAAGCUUUACCUAUGAUUGAAUAGACUUUAUUUAAAAAAUAUUAUGAUCGUGGAGAUCUUCCAAUUGCUGUUAAUUUUAGUGGAGCAGUUAGAAAGAUUGUAUGGAAAUGUGAACCUGAAUGUUUAGAUUAUCAUUUAUAUCUUCCAAUAUUCUUUGAAGGAUUAAGAGAAGUUGAAGAUCCUUAUAAAUUCUUAGCUGUCAAUGGAUGUGAAGAAUUAUUAUAAAAAGGUGAAACUAAGAUAUUAUCUGUAUUACCAUAAUUGAUUAUUCCUAUUAAAAGUAAAUAUAAUAUAUAUAUAUAUUAAAUAGAAGCAUUAGCAACAAAGAAUCAUGAUAUUAUGUGUAUUACAUUAAAGAAAAUAUAGAAAUUAGUCAAAAGUGGUUAAAUGAUAGGGGAAGCAUUAGUACCUUAUUAUAGAUAAAUAUUACCAGUUAUGAAUAUGUAUAAAAAUAAAAGAUGUAUUUAUAUUAUUAUUAUUAUAGUAAAUAUUGGAGAUAAAAUUGAUUAUUCAUAAAGAAAAAAUGAAAAUCUAUCUGAUCUUAUAUAAGAAACAUUAGAAACACUUGAAAAAAAUGGAGGAGAAGAUGCAUAUAUUAAUAUUAAAUAUAUGAUACCAACAUAUGAAAGUUGUAUGUUUUGA